GACCUCCGCGCGCUCCGAGCCCGGAAGAGGCCCGGGCCGGGAAAGGAGUCGGGUGGUUGCUUUCCAGCGUCUUCGUCCCCAUGGCGCUGUGGCGCGGCUCUGCGUACGCGGGCUUCUUAGCGUUGGCGGUGGGCUGCGUCUUCCUGCUGGAGCCGCAGCUGCCGAGCUCGGCGCUGCGCUUGUUGUGGAGCUCGUUGCCGCUGGGGCCCGCUUCUCCGGGACCCGGCUCCCCUGAGGGCCGGUUGGCGGCCGCCUGGGACGCACUCAUCGUGCGGCCGGUCCGGCGCUGGCGCCGCGUGGCCGUGGGAGUCAAUGCAUGUGUGGAUGUGGUGCUCUCAGGGGUGAAGCUCUUGCAGGCACUUGGCCUGAAUCCUGGGGAUGGGAAAGAUCACUCCAUCCUGCAUUCAAGGAAUGAUCUGGAAGAUGCCUUCACUCACUUCAUGGGGAAGGGAGCAGCUGCAGAGCGCUUCUUCAGCGAUAAGGAAACUUUCCAUGACAUUGCCCAGGUUGCAUCCAAGUUCCCAGGAGCCCAGCACUAUGUAGGAGGAAAUGCAGCUUUAAUUGGACAGAAAUUUGCAGCCAACUCAGAUUUAAAGGUUCUUCUUUGUGGCCCAGUGGGUCCCAAGCUUCAUGAACUUCUUGAUGACAAUGUAUUUGUUCCACCAGAGUCGCUGCAGGAAGUGGAUGAGUUUCAUCUCAUUUUAGAGUAUCAAGCAGGGGAGGAGUGGGGCCAGUUAAAAGCUCCCCAUGCCAACCGAUUCAUCUUCUCCCACGACCUCUCCAACGGGGCCAUGAGUAUGCUGGAGGUGUUUGUGUCUAGCCUGGAGGAGUUUCAGCCAGACCUGGUGGUCCUUUCUGGAUUGCACAUGAUGGAGGGACAAAGCAAGGAGCUCCAGAGGAAGAGACUCUUGGAGGUUGUGACCUCCAUUUCUGACAUCCCAGCUGGUAUUCCAAUUCACCUAGAACUGGCCAGUAUGACUAAUAGGGAGCUCAUGAGCAGCAUUGUGCAUCAGCAGGUCUUUCACGUGGUGACUUCCCUGGGGCUGAAUGAACAGGAGCUGUUAUUUCUCAGCCAGUCGGCAGCUGGACCUCACUCUUCUCUGUCUUCUUGGGAUGGUGUCCCUGAUGUGGGCAUGGUCAGCGACAUCCUGUUUUGGAUCUUGAAGGAACAUGGGAAGAGUAAAAGCAGAGCUUCGGACCUCACCAGGAUCCACUUCCACACACUGGUCUACCACAUCCUGGUCACUGUGGAUGGACACUGGGCCAACCAGCUGGCCGCCGUGGCUGCAGGAGCUCGUGUGGCAGGGACACAGGCCUGCGCAACAGAAGCCAUAGACACCGGCCGAGUGUCCCUGAGGGCACCGCUGGAGUUCCUGACUUCCCACUCAGAGGCAGGCUCCAGGGUCGUCCUCAACCCCGAUGAGCCAGUGGUGGAGUGGCGCAGGGAGGGGGUGUCCUUCCACUUCACACCGGUACUGGUGUGCAAAGAUCCUGUUCGGACUGUGGGCCUCGGAGAUGCCAUUUCCGCUGAAGGUCUCUUCUAUUCAGAAGUACACCUUCACUAUUAGGAAGGUAAUUGUGAAUAAUUUUUCUGAAGGAGAACUAGCAAAUUUAAGAAUACAGGAAUUAAGUGGUUUGGAAAAUUGGAUCAAAGCAUCAGAACAGUUCCUAGAUUUAAAUCAAAGACAGCCAAAGACACAACAGCAGAUUAAACUAUAUCAGAUACAUUCCAACCUGUUGACAAUUACACAAAAACAUUUCAGGUUUUAAUCAAAAUUUAUCUACUAAUGAGACUGGAUUUUGGUUUUUUAUGUUGUGUGUUACAGGGCUAAAAACCUGAUUCCCAUAUCCCCAGUUUAUGCAGCAUUCUCAAGUGUUUUAGGCCAAACUUCUUCACCCUGGAGCACAUGCCAGCUGG